ACAGACCAAAGUUACAAUGCAUAUGUAUGUCUGCUUGCUUAAAGACCUACUAUGGUUGCAGGAAAACAAUUCAAUAAAUGUAUUGUCAAUCGGUUAAUCUGCUUAUUGUUUCAGCUGUUCAUUUUAAUAGGUUUUAUACAGUGGCAUGAGAGGAGAAUACUAAAGUUAAUGACAACCUCCAAUCCUUACAUUCCUUUAUAUUGUGCUGUACCAGUCACAUCCUACCAAUGACUCAUCAUGUAGAGGCAAAAAUACCUUUUAUAAAAUACAGCCCUCACGAGAAGCUGUUGAUAUAUUUCAAGCCUUUAAAACAUAACUAAAACUACUAUUUCCAUAUCUACUGUUCAGCCCUGCACAUGGAUCCAUAAGCCCAUGCUGAGGAACUCUAGUAUAGGCAAAUCACCAAUAAACCAAACAUGGCUCAGGGUUCAAUAAGUGUGAGAAUUGUACAUGCUUUAACAUAUGCUGUUGGAAUCCUAGAGUCCAUGGCAGGGCCCCUGCGUAGAUUAGGGGAGGAGACCCUAUUUACUAUAUAUACGAAGAAGGCCCAAUGCAAGAGUAAGUGUUACUCUGUGACCUUCCCGCUGACUGACAUGAUGAAUAUCCUCCAGGUUCUGUUUCUCGUGGCGGCCGGCCUCUCUGUCGUCACCUCAAUGGACUACAAGGCCUUGAACCAGUUCAGGAGGAUGAUCCUGUGUGUGAUGCCCGAUAGCUCUCCAAUUUUCGACUACACUGACUACGGUUGCUACUGUGGAAAGGGAGGCUCCGGCACACCUGUGGAUGAUCUGGACAGGUGCUGUAAAGUGCAUGACAAGUGUUACAGGGAUGCUAGGCAACACUCUGAGUGCUGGCCCAUCUUUGACAAUCCCUACACCGAAUUAUACAGCUACAGCUGUGACAACAUGAAGGUCUCCUGCGGCAGCAACAACGACGAAUGUGAGAUGUUCAUCUGUGAGUGCGACAGGAAGGCCGCAGAGUGUUUUGGCAGAACCCCCUGGCUCCCGGAGAACGAGCACCUGCCUAGCGAUCGUUGUCAGUGACCACAAACAACUGGAAAAUCAGGAAUUCAUGCUUCAUCAUGAAAUAUCAAAAUGUCAGUUUUCACAGGUCACAGAUCAACUUGCUGAGGAGACUUGGCUGAUUAGAAAAUGAUGAAUAUAACAUUUAUGCAUUCACAGAUGCAUGUAUAUUGAUUUCUGUAUACAUUUGACUUUAGUUACUUAUAGACAUCCAUCAUUACCUCAAUAUACUGAAAUGCUGUUGUUUGUUUCUUAAAUGUGAAGUUAUCCUCUAAUAAACACAGUUUGAGCUGCAUCUCUUAUUUUAAAUGCUGUUUACUGAUGGCCACUUAUAAAAAGGGCUCUAAUCAAGAGUCACCCUCUGGGUCUGAAAAGUGAAACCAAAGGGAAAGUGCCCUAAACCUGUAUUCUCUCUCAAAGCCAGCAGGAGGCAACUUCUCUAGAUCAGUAGUCUGAUUUUAUAGAAGUCUAUGAGGAAAUUACCCUAAUUGGUAUGACCUCAGUAAGCUUGUUAACAAUCGCUUGUUGAAAGCCUCUU